AUGGAGGCACCCCCCGUCACGAUGAUGCCUGUCACCGGGGGCACCAUUAACAUGAUGGAGUACCUGCUGCAGGGAAGUGUUUUAGAUCACAGCUUGGAAAGCCUUAUCCAUCGCCUUCGUGGUUUGUGUGACAACAUGGAACCCGAGACUUUCCUGGACCACGAGAUGGUGUUCCUCCUCAAAGGCCAGCAGGCCAGUCCGUUUGUCCUCAGGGCCCGGCGCUCUAUGGAUAGGGCGGGCGCACCCUGGCAUCUCCGCUACCUGGGACAGCCUGAAGUGGGAGACAAAAACCGCCAUGCCCUGGUGAGAAACUGCGUGGACAUUGCAACCUCUGAGAACCUCACUGACUUCCUGAUGGAGAUGGGCUUCCGCAUGGACCACGAGUUUGUCGCCAAGGGACACCUGUUCCGGAAGGGCAUCAUGAAGAUUAUGGUGUACAAGAUCUUCCGCAUCCUGGUGCCCGGAAGCACAGACAGCACGGAGGCCUUGUCACUCUCCUACCUUGUGGAACUGAGUGUUGUUGCACCAGCCGGGCAGGACAUGGUCUCUGAUGACAUGAGGAACUUUGCAGAGCAGCUAAAACCUCUGGUUCACCUAGAGAAAAUCGACCCCAAACGGCUCAUGUGA